ACCUACAGCAAGUUCCUGGCCGAUCCCAAGAUCGCCGCAAUUGCCAAUGCUGCAAAAGCCCCGGCCGGCUACUUUGCCAACUUCAAGAACGCCCCUGGAGCCAACAGCGCCAGCGCUUACCUGGGCUACAGCGUUCUCGAGACUGGUUACGACGUUGAAGCCUGCGCGGCCAAGUGCAACGAGAAGGCUGGCUGCCUGGCCUUCAACGUCUUCUUCGAGCGUGAUCCGGUCAUCUCCCCAGGGAAGGGUUGCGAGAAUCCAACUGCCUUUGCCAACAUCAAGUGCUCGCUCUGGGGUGUUCCUCUGGACAACAGCACCGCCACCAACACUGGCCAGUGGCGCUCCAAGUUCCACGUCGCCAUUGCCGGCUCCAACGCCUACACUACCUACCUCACCGGCGGUCCUGUCGACGGCUACCUGCCCCCCCUCAGCCUUGGUGGCGCUGCGCUCAACGCUCCCCUUCGCGACUGCGCCGGCACUUGGUCGUACCUGGGCUACAAGUUCUACCAGAACCAGCCAUUCGACCCGCGCCUGUGCGCGACCGCCUGCGACGCCAUCACCAAGUACAACCUCGCCCACCCGCCCCGCAAGGGCACGACCCCUCAGUGCGGCGCCUUCGGCACGUACCUGGUCACCAAGAAGACCCCCACGGGCGUCGGCAACAGCAUGGGCCAGAUCUGCGCCUUCUACACGCAAAAGUGGGAGGCCAAGUAUGCGCUCAACGUGGGCCGCAAGGACCCCAACGGCAACAGGUUCACGUUCUCGUACAGCUACUUUUAC